AUGGCAGACAAGUAUAUCCUCAAGGUCACAGCGGGGCCCAACUACGAAGACCAGAAAGAAGUCCAGGUGAACUCCGAGGAACCCAUACAAAUAUCUUCAAAGCAAGUCACCACCAGCCUCCGACUACGAGUACAGAACUAUCGAGGACUACCGAAAGGCUCAUCGAAGACAUCGCCCUACUUCGAACACGAAAAGCACAAGCACGAUCUCUAUUCGCUCGCUUUCACAUUCACGCCGAAAGAAGACAUCAAUGGUCACGACCUAGUACUCGGCAACGACUUCGACCACCCAAUCCGGGAUAAGCUCCCUCCUGGAUUCCAGCAAGCUUUCAAGAUCGCAACAUGGUUCAUCGAUCCCGGCUUGUACGGAGACGUCUACGCAGACGAGCCAUAUCUCUAUGGUCCGCUGUUAAGCUCGAUAAAUACCUUUCGGGUGGGCCCAAAGGAUGAUAAAGAGCAAGAGAAGGUAGAAGAGAUCAGAGCGAACGAGGCGACACUGGUGUUCGAAGAAGGCGCGGACGGAGAUGGAGCAGAUGUUAGGAAAGAGUUGGGAGUACCGGAUGCCGGACCGCAGAGACAGAAGUUCUUUCUGACCGAGUCGAAUCUGAAGAAUUUCACUUUUGAGAAGGGAAGAGAGUACUCGAAUGAUUUCUUCAACCCCUAUUUGGACUUCAACGGUCAGUCUCUACUCUGCUCGAUUUAAGACCUUACUCACUAACAAACCUCUCAGACUUCGCCCUCCGCCUCCCGGGCUUCAGCCUAAUACCUGGCAUCACCAUUCCCAUCAUCAGCUACUGGGACGGCCAACCCCUUCGGUAAGCACCAAAUCCCCUCUCAGACCCAUUUGCAUCCGUACACUCUCAUUGCAGUUCGGCCUUCGUGCGUGCUUUUCGCGGUCCACGACUGACUGGGCUGACCAAAAGCUCGCACGCGCUCAGAUACGUGCUCAAGAACCGAGCCACGGGCGAGCCGCUCUUUGUCGUCAUUUUCACUCUAUUGCCCAAAGAUGAGUUGGAGAAAAACGAGAAGGGUCAAGAGAAAAAGGAAGCUUCAGCGGGUGACGAUGACUUGGACUGA